AUGCCCCCUCUCGAGCCCGCCCCCACAAGGGGUGCGGCAGCCGCCUCCACAGAUGGUGCUGUUGGAGCGGGCGCGGCUGCCGGUGCCCCCGCGGGCAUGGCAGGCAUGGCCGACAUGCUUCGCAAUAUGGGCAUGGGCGGCGGGGGCGCGGGCGGUGCGGGCGGUGCGGGCGGGAUGCCCGACCUCGCGGGCCUCAUGAACAACCCGAUGAUGAUGCAGAUGGCACAGCAGAUGAUGCAGAAUGGCGGCCUCGAGCGCCUCAUGCAGAACCCCUCGGUCGCAAACAUGAUGAACCAGAUGCAGUCGGGCGGCGGCAUGCCGUCCAUGGCGGACCUCAUGAGCGACCCCAGCCUUCGGGACCUAGCGGGUCAAUUCGGUGCUGCUUCACACAGGUAA